AUGGUGUUUGGAGUUUACACAGGUCCUCAGGAGCCCGAGAAGCCUCUAGCCCUGCUAUCCCAGGAGGAGCAGGCAGAGCUCGGCGCACGUAAAAUGGUAGAGGCAAUGCAAUCAUGUCCGGGCAAGACAGUGAUGGCUGGAGGUUCUGGUUUUGUUCUUGGAGGAUUCUUUGGAUUAUUCAUGGCCUCGAUGGCUUAUGAUGUCCCAGUCGGAAACAAUGCUGCCAAUCACAUCAGUGAGUUGCCUUUCAAACAGCAGAUGAAGCUACAAUUUAGCGAUAUGGGUAAGAGAUCGUUGAGCAGUGCGAAAAAUUUCGGUUAUAUUGGUAUGAUCUAUUCUGGUGUGGAAUGUUCAGUGGAGAGUUUCCGUGCCAAGCACGAUAUCUACAACGGUGUGGUAGCUGGAUGUAUUACUGGAGCUGGGCUUUCUAUCAAAGCUGGCCCACAAGCAGCCGCUUUUGGUUGCGCAGGUUUCGCUGUGUUCUCUACGGCCAUUGAUCUCUACAUGAGAUCCGAGAGCGCCGCUCCUCCAAGCAACGACUAUGAUGACUAA